AUGGAUUUACAGGCACAACCUGGGGAAGAUAUUCAUCUCCAAGACAACACUUCACGGAUAUUCCACAACUUUUCUUCUUUUGAUCCUAGCAGAAAUGUCACCUACGCUAAUGUCAUAAUGCCAACAGUUUUUGGAAUCAUCUGCCUGCUGGGUAUAAUUGGCAACAGCGUUGUCAUAUAUACUGUUUUCAAGAAGUCAAAAUUCCGUUGCACCAGCAGUGUUCCCGACAUCUUCAUCAUCAACCUCUCGGUGGUAGAUCUGCUCUUUCUUCUUGGGAUGCCUUUCUUAAUCCAUCAGCUUCUUGGCAAUGGGGUUUGGCACUUUGGAGAGACCAUGUGUACCCUCAUCACAGCUCUGGAUACCAAUAGCCAAUUUACAAGCACCUAUAUCCUCACCGCCAUGUCUAUAGACCGCUACCUUGCUACAGUCUAUCCAUUUACAUCGGCAAAGUACAGAAAGCCACCGAUAGCUAUUAUGGUGAUCUGCAUUCUCUGGGUACUGUCCCUUUUAAGUAUUACACCUGUGUGGAUGUAUGCUAGACUAAUCUCUCUGCCUGGAGGAGUGCUGGGGUGCGGAAUAACUCUUCCUAAUCCGGAAAGUGAUAUCUAUUGGUAUACUUUGUAUCAGUUUUUUUUGGCAUUUGCCAUUCCAUUUGCUGUGAUCUCAUUGGCAUAUAGAAGGAUUCUGCUGAAAAUGGCGACAUCCGAAGCUCUAACAGCUCAGAGGAGUUCAAGAAUCAGAACAAAGAAAGUGACCAGGACAGCUAUAGCUAUCUGCUUGGUAUUCUUUUUUUGUUGGGCUCCAUUUUAUGUCCUCCAGAUAAUUCAGCUGGUCAUGAAUCAGCCCACGUUAGCCUUUCAUUACGCUUACUGCGUAGCAAUCAGCAUGGGUUAUGCGAACAGCUGUAUUAACCCCUUCAUCUACAUCAUCCUGUGCGAGACCUUCAGGCGUAGAUUCAUUGUCUCCGUACGACCUGUAGAAGACCAUCCACAGGGUAGGAUCAGGAUGAAAUUCCGCACGGAUCCACCUUCCGGAAGCGGGCAGCCUCUACUUCAGCUUGUUCCUGUCUCCACCGGCAGCUAACCGCUCAACAUUGUUAAGAAUGUAAAUGUAACAU